AUGUUCCAACAAGCUGUAAAGAAUGAUUGGAAAGCAAUCAUUGAUAACAAAUCAAAAUUUCUCUUGGUAAGUUUAGAUUUAAAAAUGUUGUAGAUUUGUUAUAACUUAAUUAUAACUUAAUUGAACUUGGAUAGUCUACAGGACGAAGGCCACAUGUCUCCUUUUUUAGGCGGGAUCAGCCAUUCUUUGCGAUCUCACGUAACGCUCCCCCAAGUGUUGCAUGACAUUCAACAGAGCGGCUGUGAAGGGGACUCCAGGCGAACUAUACGCGAUAAAACUACUACAAAGAAGUUUUUAAGGGGUGGGGGAGGGAGGAGCAUGGGGCUUAUUAGUAGGGGGUGGGGGCUGAUGAAACACUUGAAGUUCAAGACAGGGGGGUAUAUUAUUAGAGAGGGGGGUUCAAUUCAAUAGAAAGGGUGGCUUAGUAUAGAGGGGGCUUGAGAUAGAGGGCGCGGCUCACCAGAGCGUGUACGACUUUUUUUCCUUUUCAGGCUCACUCAUCAUCGGGUCACAAACAUUCGCUCAGAGGUGAGGAUAUAAAGAACUUUCCACGGAUCUCGAAAUUGAUUUUAAUGAAAUCACAUCUAACGCAUUGCAGUCGAGAGGAAACGGUUUAACCCAUGUGUUUGUUUGUUUUGCAUGAUGUACAGAAGUUCUGACGGAUCCUACUGUCAAUCCUACGAAAUUGUUUAGAUUUAUAUCUUAAAAGGAAAAGUGUUGGUUGGUUGUUGUGAUAAACUUUGGUUUUGGUUUAACGACACUCCAUCCAAAAAGAAUUCUAAAUCACAGGUCUCGUCAACAGUUGCAGUGACGAGAAAUGUCUCGACUUAGUCGGUUAUCCUCCGUUGAUUUUUUUUUCUCACUUUAAUUGUAAUAGGCAUCAAGCGAAGUAAAAGCUUUGGAUAAUUUCUUCACAAUGUUGCAAACAGAACCCAACAGAGUUUAUUAUGGGUAG